GAAAGGAAACAGUUUGGUGUUCCAUGUCUCCCAAAACCACACUCAACAAAGCCAGCGAUGGUGGUCACCGGCUUCGACGCUGCCGUGAAUCACCGCCGCGUAAGUCUGACAAGAAGAAGAAGAAGAAGAAGAAGAGAAGUAAGAAGUUGAAGUUGAAGCUGAAGGAGUCGGAGGCCAAUAAAUCACUGUACAUAUGUCACAUCGAACGCCACCCUGGAGAUCGGGUUUCUUAUGUUGUCCGUUCCAUCAAACUGUCCGAUUUGUUGUCGUCGGAUUCGGUUGAUCAUUUGCAAUUACGGCAGGUCGGUUAUAAGGCCGGAGAUGAUGAACUCCCCGGUUUUGUGGGUUGCGGUGUGUUGGGCUCCCAAAUUGUUUUCGCCGGCGGCAUAAAACCCAUCUUCGUUUCCCAUCCAAACCCUACUUGGCAUAGAGAUGUGUAUGUCUUCGAAACUGAGCCCGACAAGCAGCCUCCUAGUGUAAUCCGGAAGAUGGAUGCCAAAUUGCUCCAAGCCAAGUAUCUUCCUACGAUGAUGGAGGUGGGAGGCAAACUGUAUGCACUUUCGUAUAAGCCGAUCUCGGAUCCUCCCUCAUUUGAGUUACUGGCACCAAGAUGUUUAUGUCUCAGAUAACAGGUCCUGUCUGCUGCUUCGAUGUAGCUCACCCUCACAGAGAAUGGAGGUUAGUCCGUUCCAUGUGCCAACGCGGCCCUUUUCCUUUUAAGGGCAGAGCUCUGGUCCUGGACCUGCCUGGUGACGAUAACAAGAAGAUAAUGUUUGCCUACGGUUUUGGUCGUUGGUAUCUAGGAGUUUAUAUUAUGUUCUUGGAUGAAAAUCAUGAAUCUAUCACUCGAAUUGCUGAUUUGAAGCUGCCAAUGUUGCCUGAGGAAUUUGAAUCUGCAAAAAGAGGGUACAUCCUCCAUAUAGGAGGUCAGAAAGCCUGCCUUGUUGCCCCUGAAAUGAAUCUCCCAGAAGAACGAGUACCUAAAUAUCAUACUCAGGUUGGGAGUCAUAAGACAAGGGUGUUGCCAUUCCGUUUCGAUUUGAAGUUGAUAUCACCAAGAUCGACAAGGACGCCAAGAAUUGUUUGACUCUUCAGUUCAUGCCUACUCGUAUCUUCGAAUUCUGUACCAACCCAUCCACUUUUCCUAGUCCUCGAGCUGAUGGUUGCUUUGUGCUGUAAUAUGUUUGUUUUAUUCAGUAUUGGUACUGUUUGUGCUCCUUAACGGAUACAUGUUUCAGUCAAUGAUAACGUUAUUUCCCUCGCCUG